ACAAAAAACUUCCAAUACCUCCUUACUCCUCCAUCUUCUUUUCUUCUCUAACAAUACAAAUUCUUCCAUACUCCGCCGUUCCCGUCAUUGCCGUUGCCGCCGCAGCAACCAAGGAGCUGCCACAGCUCAUGGCAGGGACAAAGUCGUCAUCUCACGUUCCGAAAUUCGGUAAUUGGGAUUCCGAUGACGUGCCGUACACCAUCUUUUUCGAAAACGCCCGUGAACUCCAAGCCGCCGGCGUCACUUUCGAUCCCAACGAUCCCGACACCUACCCGCCGGCCGUCUUCGCAAACCAAAAUUCAAUCCCAGCCGACCACCACCGUCAUCACGAUGGCGAAGACUCCCACCAGCGCCGCGAGAUUGUAAACUCCGGAUCGGAGAAAUUGAGCAGUGAGAGAAGCGAUUCGGAUUACGCGCUUCUGAAGGCGAAACAGAGUGGGAGGAAGAAGAAAAAUAGCAAUGGAGCGGAAGGAAUGAGUAGAUUUUCUCCGACGACGGUAGACGGAAAGGGUAAUCGGAACCCUAGGGUUCGGCGGAAUAAUGAGGGGGAAAUGAUGGCAUCGGUGCCGAAAUUUGGGAGCUGGGAUGUGAGGGAUCCGAAAUCGGGAGAUGGUUAUACGGCGAUAUUCAAUAAAGUGAAGAUAGAGAAGCAAAUUGGAGGUUCUAAUAAUCCUCAGACCGUUCCGCCAUUGAUGAAUCAAACCAAGCAACCAAUGACUCAAACUACUGUUGCUAAAACUUCUACUCAAGGAUCCACUUCAUUUGUUUCCAAGAUAUGCUGUUGUUUAGGUCCAAAUUAGUGAAGCACAUCAUCACUGCUCCAAGAAUAGACUCAAAACGAUGCAUCCAUAUUGCUGAUUUUUCCACUUUUAUAAAAUCUAAUCUAUAUCCCUUCUUCUUGUAUUUUGAUUAAAUAUCAAUAAUAAUUAUACUUAGCUUAAAUUAUAAAUAAAAA